AUUGUGAAAGAAAGCUGGGAAGAGCUCCGCGGCCAAGUUAGCAGAGCACUCUAACAAGUGCCCGUGCGGCCCGCGCCCCGGGCGGCGACUGAAGCGACAGCCCCUCGAUCCCCGCGGAGCGCGGCCAAGCCCGGGCUGGACGCUCGGCCGCGGCGAGGCGGGCGACCCGGGCGAGCUCGGCGGGGCAUAAGGAGCCCGGGCUCCGAGGUUGCUCUUCGCGCCCGAGGAUCAGUCUUGGCCCCCAAAGCGCGACGCACAAAUCCACAUAACCUGAGGACAAUGGACGCUGAUGACAGUCAAGACAUGUCCCAAGUUUCAGGGAAGGAAAGCCCCCCAGUAAGCGACACUCCAGAUGAUGGUGACGAGCCCAUGCCUGUCCCUGAGGACCUUUCCACCACCUCUGGAGGACAGCAGAGCUCCAAGAGUGAGAGAGUAGUGGCCGGUAAUGUUAAAGUAGAGACUCAGAGUGAUGAAGAGAAUGGGCGUGCCUGUGAAAUGAAUGGGGAAGAAUGUGCGGAGGAUUUACGAAUGCUUGAUGCCUCGGGAGAGAAAAUGAAUGGCUCCCACAGGGACCAAGGCAGCGCGGCUUUGUCGGGAGUUGGAGGCAUUCGACUUCCUAACGGAAAGCUAAAGUGUGAUAUCUGUGGCAUCAUUUGCAUCGGGCCCAAUGUGCUCAUGGUUCACAAGAGAAGCCACACCGGGGAGCGGCCCUUCCAGUGCAACCAGUGCGGGGCCUCCUUCACCCAGAAAGGCAACCUGCUCCGGCACAUCAAGUUACACUCCGGGGAGAAGCCCUUCAAGUGCCACCUCUGCAACUAUGCCUGCCGCCGGAGGGACGCCCUCACAGGCCACCUGAGGACGCACUCCGUUGGUAAACCUCACAAAUGUGGAUAUUGUGGCCGAAGCUAUAAACAGCGCAGCUCUUUAGAGGAACAUAAAGAGCGCUGCCACAACUACUUGGAAAGCAUGGGCCUUCCGGGCACGCUGUACCCAGUCAUUAAAGAAGAAACUAAUCACAGUGAAAUGGCAGAAGACCUGUGCAAGAUCGGAUCAGAGAGAUCCCUCGUGCUGGACAGACUAGCAAGUAACGUCGCCAAACGUAAGAGCUCUAUGCCUCAGAAAUUUCUUGGGGACAAGUGCCUGCCGGACAUGCCCUACGACAGCAGCGCCAGCUACGAGAAGGAGAACGAGAUGAUGAAGUCCCACGUGAUGGACCAAGCCAUCAACAACGCCAUCAGCUACCUGGGGGCCGAGUCCCUGCGCCCCCUGGUGCAGACGCCCCCGGGCGGCUCUGAGGUGGUCCCGGUCCUCAGCCCCAUGUACCAGCUGCACAAGCCCCCGGGCGAGGGCGCCCCGCGGCCCAACCACGCGGCGCAGGACAGCGCCGUGGAGAACCUGCUGCUGCUCUCCAAGGCCAAGUCGGUGCCCUCGGAGCGGGAGGCGUCGCCGAGCAACAGCUGCCAAGACUCCACGGACACCGAAAGCAACAACGAGGAGCAGCGCGGCGGCCUCAUCUACCUGACCAACCACAUCAACCCGCACGCCCGCAACGGCCUGUCGCUCAAGGACGAGCACCGCGCCUACGAGCUGCUGAGGGCCGCCUCCGAGAACUCGCAGGACGCCCUCCGCGUGGUGAGCGUGAGCGGCGAGCAGAUGAAGGUGUACAAGUGCGAACACUGCAGGGUGCUCUUCCUCGACCACGUCAUGUACACCAUCCACAUGGGCUGCCACGGCUUCCGCGAUCCUUUUGAGUGCAACAUGUGCGGCUACCACAGCCAGGACCGCUACGAGUUCUCGUCGCACAUAACGCGGGGCGAGCACCGCUUCCACAUGAGCUAAGGAGGAUUGCGGGACUGCCGCCUCUCCCUGCGCGGCCUGGGCUGGGCUGCACCCGGGAGUGCUGUGUUUUGAUUCAUAGGUGUUUUUCGAUUUUUUUAAGUUGUUUGGGGUUUGAUUUGCUUUUGAAAACAAGAAGAUUUUUAUUGUUGCAGGCAGGGAGGCACCAGGAGCACCCAGACCUGCUGUCUUCCCUAGAACUAGCUGAAAUCCCUCACCUGUUGCUUCCUAGAAUCCCCUUCUCCAAAUAAUUAGUCUCAGUGUUCAGAGAAUUAUACAAAACAGACCACAGCCUGGGAAGAAGUGAGCUGGUCCCUGUGCUAAGCACGGGGGUUGCACACCAGGUGUCUCCCCCAAGUCCCCAGAAGCAGCACGUGGCCCCGGGGUGUUUCUCUGCAGGUGAGCAAACAUGGCCGGUGUGUGGCUGCGUGGGAGGUCUGGAUGCAGUAGGGCCAGCAACCCGUGCCAGAGCCACGGCCCCCAGCCACGUGCAUCUAGGGUGGAAAGCCUGCACUUUUUGAAAGAAAAUAGUAUUUUAAGUCAUAUUCUGCAUAGGAAAGUGAUUUGGGGAAACCUGUGUCUGUUAGGCUGCCUGGGCAAAGAGUGGGGGUGUUAGAGAGCCUGUUGGACGCUGCCUCGGUUUCCAGGCUUUGAGGAUGUUGCUUCUAGGCUUGUGGCCAGGUGGGAUGAACUUGGUCUUCCUGUGGGCAUAUCUGGAGAGCCCUGUUUCCUGCUUUUUAAUUCCCAUGCCUUUAAAAGCCUAAAAAGUCUAUCACUACAUUUUAAACACCAGUCCCGAAAUUUGGACCUUAAUUCUUUUUGAACCUUUCAAACAGUAAAAUUCCUCAGAAACCAAAGCUUUAUUUCAAAUUCUACACUCGUUUCUCUGGUUGUCUCUUCCUUGCCUGGCUGGUUCUACGUAAGACCUGAAGCCUAUUUUCCUACAGAAAUCCAAUCCUAGCCCUUGUUUUAAUUACAUACAUUUGUUUGUAGCUGCAGGCCUGGAUUUCUUAGUGUUAGUAAAUUUCUUUCCCUACCUUUCUUGUGUAUUAUUCUUGUUUUAAAACCCAUAAAAUAAUGGUUUAGAAGGAUCAUUAAUUUUCACAUUAGUGAUAUAUGUGAAGCCCAGGGUCUCUGUCACUAAUACAUAGAACUCACCUGUUUGCAACUAAACUUUCAAACAUGCUGAAACUCUCUACCAUGAAGACAAAGCAGCAUAGAUAGGAUGAGUGGCUCGCACCCAGUACUGCUGAAGGAUAUUAGAAUUUGCCGAGCAAUCGACUGACCGAUCCGGACCCCCUAGAGAGUAAUGCCCAGCAGGUCUCCCAGGAAAGGCAGGAGGCGCUGGAGGUGAGAACUCUGCCCGCCCGUGCUAAGGCAUGGUUGCACUGAGGCCCAAGUCAGGUGUGUGGGAGUUCUAGUCGCACCCAGGAAGAGUGUCCCUCGAGAUUAAUCCUAUCAUUAAGGUCAUUACUCCCAACCAAAGGAUAUACAAUUUCAAAUAUUUAUGGUACUUGUCUUUGCCAGAACUGUCCCAAGGUGAACAUGAAGAAACAGAGGGGAAAUUGUACAUAAGCAUCUCAGCAUUUAAUCUAAACCAGGGGUUCUUAGUCUCAGCACUGUUGACAUUUCUAGCUGGAUAAUUACUUGUUGUGGGGAAACCUUCCUGGGCAUUGGAUGUACUCAGCAGCACCCCUGGUGGCGACCCAGUAUAUGCCAAUAGCAUCCCCGAUUGAUGUUCCCAAAUGUCCCUGGGGGGGCGGGGAGCAGGUGAACACUCCUGGUUGGGAACCACUGAUCUAAAUGAAUUCUAAACCAAUAAAAGGUCUGGGAGGCCUUCCAAAAAUAAAAGCACUUGAAGAAUUUUCUCAGUCAGCAAUAUUAAGCAUGACUUGUUCUCCUUUGAAAUCAUAAAUUCUAUAAAUGAAUUAUUCC